AUGAUGUCCACGUCAGCAGCACCAGUGCCUCGAAAAGUGACGGUUUUAGGAGCUGCUGGCGGCAUUGGCAAUCCGCUGAGCCUGCUGGUGAAAAUGAAUCCGCUUGUAACGGAUCUGGCCCUGUAUGACGUCACGGGCAUGCCUGGCGUGGUUGCUGACCUGAGCCAUAUCUGCACGCGAACCAAGGUCAGCAGCUACCUGGGGCCGUACGAGCUGCCAGACGCGCUGCGGGGCUCGCACGUGGUGCUGGUGCUGGCGGGAGUGCCGUACCGGUCGUCCAUGAAUGACGAGGAUCGCUUCUGCAUGAACGCUGGAAUUGUCAGGGGGUUGUGCGAGUCGAUCGCCAAACAUAGUCCUGAGGCGGUGAUAGGCGUGAUCACGAACCCCCUCAACGCCACGGUGCCAAUAGCAGCAGAGGCGAUGGCGGGAGCGGGCAGGUACGAUGCGCGGCGGCUGCUGGGAAUAACGUCGCUGCAUGGCGUGCGAGCCAGGGCUCUUCUGGCUGAGGCCACGGGACUGAAGGCCACAGAUCUGUCAGUGCCAGUGGUGGGAGGCAACAGAGACAACACAAUCGUCCCUCUCUUCUCGCAGGCUACUCCAGCGGUUUCCCUGCGUGAGGAGGAGCGGGUGCGGCUGGUGCGGAGGGUGAGGGCGAGUGGCAUGCAGGUGAUCAGCGCCAAGGACGGCAAGGGCUCUGCCAUCAUGGCCCCAGCGUUUGCAGCUGCCAGCUUCACGAAUUCGUUGCUCAAGGCCCUGAAUGGUGAAGCUGUUACAGAGUAUGCAUACGUGGCUUCAAGUGUAACAGAUGCGCCAUUUUUUGCGUCAAAGGUUCAACUUGGUCCCAACGGCGUGGAAAAGGUGUUCCCAGUCGAGGAAGCGAGUCUCGGAGAACAGAAAGAUAUCGAACGUGCUGUUAGGCUAAUAGAAGAAGACAUUGCCAAGGGCAUAUCAUUCAUGUACACGAGAUGA